UCUCUCCCUCCUCUGUCUCUCUGUCUGUCUCCCUGUCUCGCUCGGUCUCUCUCCAUAAAGUUUUCAACUUGCGAUCCAUUUCUCUCAAUUUAUUGAUGCCCGAAAGCAUACCUCCUCAUCCCCCUUCAAGAAACUCAAUAAUCGAUCCGUUCUUAUUUCUCUGUCUUUCUGUGACCCCGAAUUUCGAUCUUUGUUUGGAUGUUUUAUCUUUAGGGUGUGGAUAGGAUAGGUGAAGAAAGAUGAUGAAGAUGACGAUGGAAGGGAUGAUGGACAGGGGGGUGUUGGAGGACAUAAUAAGGAGAUUGUUAGAAGGCAAAGGAGGGAAGCAAGUUCAAUUGUCCGAGGCCGAGAUCCGACAGCUGUGCAUCAACGCGCGUCAAAUCUUCUUGUCCCAGCCCAAUCUCCUCGAGGUCCAUGCCCCAAUUCGCAUCUGUGGUGAUAUACACGGACAGUACCAAGAUUUGUUGAGGUUAUUCGAGUACGGAGGCUAUCCUCCUGCCUCAAACUAUCUCUUCCUUGGAGACUAUGUUGAUCGUGGCAAACAGAGUCUGGAGACGAUAUGUUUGCUUCUAGCUUACAAGAUAUUGUACCCGGAUAAAAUCUUCCUCUUGCGGGGAAACCACGAGGAUGCGAAGAUUAAUCGUAUAUACGGGUUCUACGAUGAGUGCAAGAGGAGGUUUAAUGUUAGGCUCUGGAAAAUGUUCACUGACUGCUUCAACUGUUUGCCCGUAGCCGCGCUCAUCGAUGAGAAGAUACUUUGCAUGCACGGGGGUCUCUCUCCGGAGUUGCAAAAUUUGGAUCAAAUAAAAGAAAUCGAGAGGCCUACUGAAAUUCCGGACGCUGGCCUCCUCUGCGAUCUUCUUUGGUCUGACCCUAAUCCCAGCACUGCAGGAUGGACAGAUAGUGACCGCGGAGUCUCAUGUACUUUUGGGGCUGAUCGGGUUGCUGACUUCUUGGACAAGAAUGACCUUGACCUUAUCUGCCGAGGACACCAAGUGGUGGAGGAUGGAUAUGAGUUCUUUGCUAAGCGAAGGCUGGUGACAAUAUUUUCGGCUCCGAACUAUGGCGGGGAGUUUGACAAUGCAGGUGCUUUGCUAAGCGUCGACGAGUCUUUACUGUGCUCUUUUGAGAUACUGAAACCACUUGACAACAAGGCAUCCUCGAGCAAAGUAACUCUUAAGAAGCCUCCGAAAUUCGGGAAGGUGUGAUAUGGAUUAGGAGGUUUCCUUCAAGUACUUAUUCAACUUCAAGCCCACGAGGUAGUAACCUCGGUAUGACCUUGCAUGUAUUUACACUUAAGUUAGAUUCCAUUGGCAAAGAGGAAGCCUUUUUGCGCCAGCAAUCGCCGUCUUUCGAAUGCAUGGACGCGGGGUGGCGCUCAUUAUUCGUGUAAGUUUUUGUACAAUCUGUAUAUCAAUCAACACAUGCUAAUUGCCGUGCAAGUCCAGAGAUUUUUCUUGUUUGCUUCUUAGAUUUCUCCUUAAGGUAUUCUGUUUGGAAGCCCCUACAGAGAGUGCAUCGCGUCGAUCUUGGUUGGGCACUGUUUCUUGUCUGUGGAAUGUCGGUUUGUCUCUUAGAGUAUGUAGAUUGGCUGGCUCUUCAAAAGAGCUUUUGUAUCUAAACCAGUUUGACAGUAGCUCUCUAGUUUCAACCAUUUUUCGAACUUCAAAGGAUAUCUGCGUCGUUUUUUUCG